AGUGUUGUCAGCAUUACAAUGCAUUUAUUAUUUUUCCUCUUUGCAAAAAAUGAUAAUAUUUUUUUUAUUGAAAAAUAAUAAUUUUUAAUGUUAAAUAAAUGUCACGUGUUUGGCGUGGGAAAGUUGUGCGCCACUGAUCAAUUUUUUAUCUGGACCAAGGUGGUGGACUGAUUAAGCAAGAUUUAAAAAAAUGUUUAUUAAUUAAAUAUUAAGUCUAAGUCUACGCCACUGAUCUUAUUAUCUGGAUCAAGGUAGAUUAGGGCCAGCCUUCCAGUAAGUAAAUGACAAGACAAGUUUAUAUUUUUAUAAAGAUUUAAAAUUAAACGAAUCUAUUAUGAGAUAAAAUUAUCACUUCAUUUACAUUUCGUCAUUAUGAAAAAUCCAUAAAUGUAUCAAAUUUUAGUUUCAACAAUCUUUCGUAAUUUAUGUGAGAUUACUUAAUAUUUAAUGAAGAAUUUCCGUUGCUGCCUCUUGUUUACAAAUGUUCCGAAUCAGACUAGAUUUCAAGUUCUAGCUAACAUAAAACUUAAUUGUUUAAAACAAUAGAAAAAAAUUAAUUGUUACGUAAUGGUAUAUUUUCAGGCUGUUAAUAUACGUAUCUAUGAAUAUAGUCUGGACAUUUUUAAGGUGCUUAAAGCGUGCCAAAAUGAUUUCAAAACAUAACUAUAAAAUAUACURUGUUGAAAGAAUUGUCCUCUUAUUGUUCCAAUUGAUUACAAUUUGACGAAAUUGUUUAUCGCCAACUCAAUUUUUAUUACACUUGUGGAUUAUUAUUACUUAUAUUAAAAAUAUGCAGCAUGACAACGUGCUUUUAAAAUUGACCCAAAUUUCCAGUCUUUUAGUCAAAUUAUAUCUUAUCACAUGUCAGCUGCUGUUGCAAUUUGCAAACAGGAAUUGAUUAAUUUUUCAUGUUAUCACAGAUUUAAAAUCAGAUUAUAAUGUGGUACAGGUGUUUGUAUUUUGUUAUUAUUAGCGACAUUGUAAAACUAAUUUACAAAUUUAUAUCGUAAUUUUUACCCAGCCUUUGCAAUUAUCCUUCACGUAUCCAUUAAUUAAUUCUGCAUGAACAACAGCAAAUAUGUGACCUUGAGUGAUAACGAUUUGUUAUUAUUUUGUUUCGUUCUUGAAAUAUCCAUUAUAUUACUGCGACCAUUUUAAAGUUUUUCUGUUCUCAUAACUGAAGACAUUGAGGUAAAAUCGACAAGCUUUUGAUCGAUAAGCCUUGACAUUAUUGCGAUAACGCGGUCAAUGUCUUUGUACAUAUAAUGCGAUUUUUAAAAAGAAUUUUCUACUAAAUGAGCAAAAUAGGAAUUUUUGUCCUAUUCAUUUAGGACAGUAUGACAAGCCACGCUACCGAGUUUAAUUAAUUAACCUUUGGCACAACCACAUUUCAUGUUUCUCCACUUCUCUUAAUAAAGAGUAUAAGGGAGGGGUCAUCGAUUUUUCCAAUAAUGUGCAGGCAAUAAAAUAUGUACUUUUAUGUUUUAAGUGCAUGUACUUUGAGGAAAUACACAAACAUUACUAACGAUGCAAUUUUAUAAAAUGUUAACAGUWGUGGGGAAAUAUUUUGAUUUUUGUUAACAAUUGUUUGUGUUUGUAUUUGAAGCUAUUUGUGUUUGUAGAUCGAUAAUUAUUCUAAAUAAAUGAUGAAAUUUUAAUGCUAGUUUUCCUAUAAAAACUGUCGAAUAUAAAUUGUGCCUUCUUGUAAUUUUACUGAUAUCAUGAAAAAAAUAGUUGCGAGAGAACAAGUAAAACUGAUUAUUUUAUUUUUCUCAGAUGGUCAUUUCAUAACGCUUAGUCGGGCUUUUCUUUGACAAUGAUUGUAUUACAUUUCUUUUAUCAGUGAUAUAUCUUACAGCAGCUGUCUGAAGAAAAGAAACAAGAGUCGUAAAAAUUUAUCGCGAAAUAAACUCUUCCACUUUAUUAACUAUCAUCCAAACAGUUAUAUUUAGUCGGUUCAUUAGGCGAAAACAAUAGUAGGGGAGAAAUAAAUUCUAUAAAUACGAGAUAAGCUCUGUUGCSUURCACUGCUUUUCGAUAUUUUCGGAAAUUAUCAUGAAAUGUUUGACACAAAGUGCUACAAUACGAUCUGUGUUGGAUAUGUUAUUAAAACACGAAAGAAGUUUAUUUGAACGAAACACUUUGAUCUAAAAAUUUCAAAGUUGAUGUUACGUCAAUAUUUCAGUAAAAUAGAACCUAAAUUGGGUAAACUUUCAUAUGUUUACACAAGGGAAUACAUAUUUGACAUGUUGAAAUCCUUUAUGAUGAACAGAACAAACUAUUACGCAAAUAAAAUUACUAUUUUUUUGGACUUUGCAAUUCGGGAAAAUAUUUCAUUGUAUCAAAUCUGUGAUCGAUUGUUAAUUGUGUGAUAUGAUUUGAUUUUGGCUUUUUUAUUGUUACUUGAAGUAGAUUGUUGUUACGUUUGUUUGCACGUUAUCAUGUGACAAUUUUGUGUGAGUCGACUAAGGUUUCAGUUAUCCAGUAUCAAAGUGAGGUAGGUGACAGCAAGGCGGUUAGACUUAUCACAGGGGAAAGGUUUGUGUUUUUUAAUUUCAUUACAUCCAGUUUGCGUUUGUAACUUUCAUUAUUUCCGCUGCAAAAUUAGCUACAAUUAUUAAAUUUGAAUGUUUUCAAGGCUCGAAAGACAUCAAUUGAUGUGGCGGAAAUCAUGAGACUCCAUGCACGUGACUGCACUCCCAAGGAACGAUUUUUACUUAUUUUUAAUCUUUCGUUAGUAAAAUUUCCAGUCUGCUUGUUUUUCCAAAAUAAAAAUUAAUURCUUAUUAUACUGCAGUAAAUUAAUUAUUUUUAUUGAUCUUAAUUGCACGAUAGGUCCUGAAAAAUAAGUCCAUACUAAUAAGAAUUSUGUCAUAAAAUGAUUAUUACCAGACUUGUACUUUACUGCUUCUAUAACCAUAUUAAACGGGCAAAGUCACGAGAUUGUCGUAAAAAUGUCGGAAACACCUUUGUUUAACAUAAAUUUUAAAAUAUCUGAAAUCAGACAGCACAAGUUUUGUUUUGAUUUURAGUCAGACAAGAUAAUGGAUUUGCGAGGAUUAUGUCUAAAUUCUUUUCGAAAUUCCAAUAAUAGUAAAUUAAUCUAUUCGAGGAAAAGAUGUAUUUUUUCAAGUAAUAAACAUUCUGAUAAUAUGUUUGUUUGCAAUAAAAAAGAGUGAGAAUAUUUGCCUUGAUAAAUUUUAUAGGAUAGGAUAGGAUGUGCUCUAAUACCAAUGUUUGGGCGAAAAUUUUUUUAGAACAAACAAGGGAUUUUUCUUUUUUUUUUCUAUUAUAAUUUACUUGAAUAAAUUCGAAACAGCAUAGACAAGAAACAAAAUUUCAAGUCACAAAUGCCAAAAUAGCAUGUCAUAAAAAUGUCAGAACCGCACCUUCACCCWUUUUUCCGAAUCUUCAAUCUGUUUUCGAAAACUUAACGCAUAUCACAGACAAUAAAAAUGACAAGUUUGAGUGGAACAUCUUAGUUGAGAUUAGCAGAGAUAGAGUUUAAUCCUCAAUUAUUGAAACUAAUUUUUUAGAAAGUAAAACCGCCUCAAAAUGGGGGAUAUGUUCCGAAGUGAGCAAAUGGUACUUGCUCAACUUUUCAUYCAACCUGAAGCUGCAUAUUUCGCCAUAUCUGAAUUGGGUGAAUCCGGGAUAGUACAAUUCCGAGACUUGAACGAAAAUGUGAACCUCUUUCAACGAAAAUUCGUAAAUGAGGUUCGAAGAUGCGACGAGAUGGAACGCAAACUUCGCUACAUCGARGCAGAAGUGAAGAAAGACAAUGUUGCGAUUCCUGAUCAGUCUGAGCUUCCCAAAGCACCAAAUCCGAGAGAAAUCAUUGAUUUAGAAGCUCAUCUUGAGAAAACCGAAGGUGAUAUCAAGGAAUUGUCCGAAAGUGCGGUUAAUUUGAAGUCUAAUUAUCUGGAAUUGAUCGAAUUGAAGCAAGUGCUUGAGAAGACCCAAGCUUUCUUUAACGAGCAAGACGAAGCUAACGGUUUAGAUUCGGCCCAUAAGGCCCUAAUCAAUGAUGAAAGUCACAAUGUGUCUAUUAGGGGUCGUUUGGGAUUCGUUGCUGGUGUUAUCAACCGAGAACGGGUCCCAGGUUUCGAGAGGAUGCUUUGGAGGAUUUCCAGAGGAAACGUUUUUUUGAGACAGGUUGAAAUUGAAAAACCUCUCGAAGAUCCAGCUACAGGGAACCAACUCUACAAAACUGUCUUUGUUGCUUUCUUCCAAGGCGAGCAGUUGAAAACCAGGAUUAAGAAAGUGUGUGCUGGGUACCACGCCUCGCUCUAUGCUUGUCCAAGCUCCCUGCAAGAACGAAACGAGAUGCUUAAAGGWGUUUGCACUAGAUUGGAAGAUCUGAAUUUGGUACUAAACCAAACGCAAGACCAUCGCCAACGAGUGUUAGUAAGUGUGGCCAAAGAGUUGCAAAAUUGGAGUGUCAUGGUUAGCAAAAUGAAAGCUAUUUACCACACUUUGAAUUUUUUUAAUAUGGACGUGACGAAAAAAUGCCUAAUUGGGGAGUGUUGGGUCAGCAGUAAAGACAUUCCAGUUGUACAAAAGGCUUUAUCRGAUGGUUCAAGUGCUUGCGGCAGCUCGAUUCCAUCAUUUUUGAACGUGAUUAACACGAAUGAGGAUCCUCCGACAUUCAAUAGAACCAAUAAAUUUACUAGAGGGUUCCAAAAUUUGAUUGACUCAUACGGAGUAGCAUCAUAUCGGGAAGCUAAUCCUGCCUUGUAUACUAUCAUCACUUUUCCAUUUUUGUUUGCUGUAAUGUUUGGUGAUGUUGGACACGCGAUGAUCAUGGCCCUGUUUGGGGGCUAUUUGGUUGUUUCCGAGAAAAAAAUUAUGACUAAGAAGAGUAAUAACGAAAUUUUCAACAUUUUCUUUGCUGGGAGAUACAUUAUUCUUCUCAUGGGUCUCUUCUCGAUGUACACUGGUUUUGUCUAUAAUGAUAUUUUCUCAAAGUCUAUGAACAUAUUUGGGUCAAGUUGGUUUGUCCAAUUUAAUAAAGAGCAAGCUUUGGAGUUGGAUGAACGUGAUUUGGACCCUCGCUAUGACUAUACUGGUACUCCCUACUUUAUUGGAAUGGAUCCAGCUUGGCAAUUGGCUAAAAAUAAAAUUAUUUUCCUAAAUUCGUACAAAAUGAAAUUGUCUAUAAUUUUUGGAGUAGUUCAUAUGAUUUUCGGUGUAUGCGUCAGCGUUGUCAAUUUUGUCCAUUUUAGGAAAUAUUCAAGCAUCUUUUUGGAAUUUCUCCCACAAAUCCUCCUUCUUUGCUUCCUCUUUUUAUGGAUGGUCGUUAUGAUGUUCAUGAAAUGGAUUCUUUACUCGGCCGACUUGGGCAAACCUGUGGAGUUGGGUACUUCUUGUGCUCCCAAUGUUCUCAUCUACUUCAUCAACAUGAUGUUAUUCAAAGCGACAGAAUCACCAGAAGGUUGCAAAGACUACAUGUUUGAAGGUCAACAAACCGUCCAACAAAUCUUAGUUUUCUUAUCAUUGAUUUGUAUUCCGGUACUGCUGCUGGGCAAACCUCUUUAUAUUAAAUGUACGAGGAAGAGCAAGCCCCACGUGCGCAGCAAUGGUGAUGUUAACCAAGGAAUGGAGUUGGGAGAAUAUCCCGAAGCUCAGCAAAACGCAGCUGCUACAUCACAAGGAGACGAAGAAGAAGAAGAGCCGAUGAGUGAAAUCUUUAUACAUCAAGCAAUUCACACAAUUGAGUACGUUUUGAGUACUAUUUCACACACCGCGUCCUAUUUGCGGUUGUGGGCCUUGUCUUUAGCUCAUGCACAACUUUCAGAAGUAUUGUGGAGCAUGUUGUUUAGGAUGGGUUUAACAAGUAGUUCUUAUGUUGGUGCAAUAACAGCUUUUGUAUUUUUCGCUGCGUGGGCAGCUUUUACGAUAGCCAUUUUAGUCACAAUGGAAGGUCUAUCAGCGUUUUUACACACUUUGCGUUUACAUUGGGUCGAAUUUAUGAGUAAGUUUUACGCCGGUUUAGGAUACCCAUUCCAGCCAUUCAGUUUUAAAGCUAUCCUCGAGGAAGAAAAUGCCCCAGAGGAUUAACACUUAUCUGCUUUAUAUUUAGAUAGUGCGCAAAUAGAAUAGCAGCAAAUAUAAAAUACUUGUUAAAA